AUGAAGUUGAGCACUCAUCUCAAGGACACUGCUUUACUUCGAGGUGUUGGUUUAGUCGAGAUUCUGCAAAGUGCUGGAAGGCAUUUCCGAUCCUCCGCGCUCUCCAACAGUGCAGAAGCUGAUGUUCUUUACGAGAAGUCCAUGCCUGUGCAAAGGAUUGACUAUUUCAUCAGCCAUUGCUGGAGCGAUGGCAGAGUUGGCAAGGUGUACGCUUUAUGGAUCCAUAGCAACUUGACGCCAGCGAUGCUGAUUUCUACCGUUGUGGCGACCACAUGCACAGUGCUGUGCCGUGUGCGGAUUUUGCCCGUGGUGACUCCGGCUAGCUUGGACUUUUCCUUCUUUCCUUGGGCGCUACUGCUGGGAUUCUCAUCAUUCUUUCUGGUCCUGGGAUGUUGGCAACAUGUUCAGAAGCGCUUUGGCUCGCAAGCCUUCUAUUUUCUGGACAAGUUCUGUGUGCACCAAACAGAUCUUGAGCUGAAGCAUGCUGGGGUGGCUUCUUUUGCGGCUUUUGUGGCAUUGUCCGAGCGUGUUUUGGUGCUUUGGAGCCCAAGAUACUUCGAGAGAUUGUGGUGCAUGCUGGAACAAGAACAUGCUUUCAACACAGAAAUUGCAGCUUUCGUCAAGACCCAUGCGACUGACAGCAAGACGGCACUUCCUUUGGAUUUUCUCCCCUUGCAGCUUGCGAAGCUGAGCUUCUACCUUUGGUUGACUGGCUUUUUGGUCCACGUUGCCGUCCAGGUGAAUACCACGAUGAACAAACCUGUGCCUGACAUUUAUUUCAUCGCUGGAACCAUGUUAGUGGCCGCCUAUUUUCAAAUCGACGCCUUUCGGCAAUACGCGGUAGACCGCUCGUCCCUGGAGCAGCAGCUGCGGAGCUUUUCAGUGCAAAGCGCCAUGUGCUCGGACCUACAAGACCGAAGCACCAUUGAGAAGACCAUCUUGGGUUGGUUUGAUACAGAUGACAUAGAAGUUUGCAAUCGCCACAUCCGAGAAGUUAUCAGUGACCAGGUCAUGGCAUCCUUGGGACCAGCGAAACAUUAUCCAAGCCAUAUGUUGGCACCACUCUUCCUACUUCACAUCUUUGUGAAUGCCGAUUAUGCUUCCGGUACUUGGUACGAUGUUGACACCUUCUGGAGGGUCAUGGGACCUUUGCUGGGCUUUGGAAUUUGGAUGCUGGUCAUGGUACCAUUGUCCUUUCGGCUUGCUCAUGGUUUUUCCACCAAGUGCCGCUUCAGGUGGGGGUCCGUUUCAGGUGGGUGCGCCGAAAAGGUGCUGGUCACACUGGGCUGGCUUGGAGGUUGGUAUGUAAACUAUUUCUUUGUUGGCUUUCAACUGGUGCCUGCGUGGUUGGCGAUCUUGCUGCUAUGCAUGGAGUGUCUUCUGUUUGUUCUGCUACAAAGAGCUUCGUUUCGCAGCUGUGCAACUUGGUGA